AUGUCGGCGCUAACAGGAACUGUGAGGAUCCUACCUGUGAAGUCAUAUGUCUUGCAUGAAAAAUACAAUGGUGUUCUGAACGAUGGGUAUGACAUCGCCCUCAUUGAGCUAUCACGGAGUGCUGAGCUGACAACUUGGGUCCAGCCUGCCUGCCUUCCCUCUGCAGGCUACAUCACGCCCAAUGGGACAGAAUGCUACGUCACUGGCUGGGGCUUCAUCUCCACCAGUGGGCCAGCCUCAGACACUCUACUGGAGGGGCUGCUGUGUGUGUUGGACCAUGAGCACUGCUCUCAGCCAGACUAUUGGGGUGACAAUGUGAACAAACGCCAGUUGUGUGCUGGCGAAUGCGGAUCCUCUGCCUGCCUGGGUGACUCUGGAGGACCUCUCAACUGCCCCGGAGUGAAUACUGUGUGGGAGGUCCAUGGCAUAGUCAGCUUUGGUUCCGCUCGAGGCUGCAAUUACCCCAAGGAGCCCACGGUGUUCACCCGUGUGUCGUGUUUCAUUGACUGGAUUGAGGAGGUGAGGACUGGGCAGCUGGGAGGGCUAUACUGA